CCACGAUUCCAAGAUUGCAGCCAAGAUCACUGGAUACUUCCACAACCAUGUUCAUCCCUCCAAAAUAAGCAAACAAUGAGCUAGCAAAGUUUGACAGCCCCACCAACUCCCACUCUCCCAUUCAUGGAGUCGCGAGUUCCAGCAUGCCCAUCGAACCUGCGGAACUGCUGUGCACUCGCUGCUCCAGAACGUUCAAGCAUACAUCAUCACUGGUCCGACAUACUCGCCGAUGUGUCCAGAACCUGAAAGCACCUUCGAGGCAGAAGUCCUGCAAGCAAUGUGUCGUUGCGAAAGCCAGAUGUGACCUGCAGCGGCCGCGAUGCGGAAGGUGCCAGUCCCGCGAGGUCCAAUGCGAUUCUGAGCCUGUGAGCGGAGCGCAAGGCUCUCGCCUAGAUAGCGAGGACAAAACUCCAACAGAGCAUCGACAGCUGCACGAAGGUGACGAGGUGUCGGCAUGUUUACCGCGUAAUAGCUCUACUACGUUUGUUCCGACGUCUUUGCUCGAAGGCGCUUCAAACAGAACCGGCCCCAUAUUUAGUUCAUUCUGCGACGAGAGCGGCCUUUACACCCCACCGAGCUGGUUUUAUGCGCAAGAUUACAUUGCGCCCGAGGCAAUAGCAUCGAAACAGCGGAGCCAGAUUCUGCUGGGAACGCCGCACGGUACGCUCAGCACUGGUGCGGUCGCUCAGCAAGCCAUGUUCCACGUUAUACGGGUUUUGCGAUCAUGGCCUCGUAUGAUGUCGAGAUAUGGACUUGGCUCGUUCCAGUUACCUCCGAUGAUUCAUCAUAUUCAGCUGAAAGAAGGACUUCCCAUAUCAUUUCUUUCUGGAAUUAGUCUAUCGAAGAUGUGGCUCGCAAGCGAGGGACGUAAUAGAGAGGUGGCAUAUGAUCUCACACUUAAAGAGGUCAGGACGUGGCUUUGUGAGUAUCAAUCAUACUCUGAACUGGAUCUCCUCGCUGCCACACAAUCUCUUCUCCUCCUCAUGAUUAUACUCUUUCUUGGCGAUGUCCAGAAUCCAGUAAUCCCGCAUCCUACCGACGCCGAACUCAUCGUAAGUAUGUGGAAUGUCAAACACCAUCUCGCCAGCACCGGUCUCUUUCUCGACGAAGAGAUCAAGCAUAGCUUACCUGUCUGGAAGAAAUGGGCAAUCGUAUCAGCCAAGCGCCGCACUAUCCUUGCUCUACACCACCUCGAGUGGGCGUGGUCACUGCUCCACGGAUACCCUCCCCUGGCCUGCUUUGAGCUGGGGCCCCUGCCAGCACCUGCAGCGGGGUACCUCUGGCGAGAGCGAUGCGAGAAGGAGUGGAAGCGGCAGUAUUAUGAAUGGUUGUCUCGAUGGGAAGAAGGAGGUGGUUACAAGCUUGGUGAGCUUUUCCAUAUCAAGCCGGGUGGUGAGAUGGAUAUGAGGAGCGAGACGUGGCUGGCGGAAGUUGAUGAGUUUGGCAUGAUGGUUAUGUCGGAAGUCAACGCAGUCAAUGAAGUAAAGUAAACAGCUUCAACCUUACGUCAUCACAAUCCACCUGCGAUAUUUUUCAGGCCUUUUACACCAUUU